UCACACUCUGUUUGUGUAUUUUAAUUUAUAAUUCUGGUCCAAAUACGAAGUUAACUGCAAAGAAGGGCAUCAAAACGCAAAAAAUACCCGUUUUUAUCACUGGAGAUACAUGGAAAUUUAAUUUCCGGCUUUGACUGACGAGAAAAAUUGCAAAAAUAUCAAAAUCCGAGCUUCAUGGAUGCUUUACAGAAUUACAAAGCGCGACUUUAUUGUGAAACUUGUGACAUCAAGUUCGGAAAUCGCAAAGAUUUGGCCACACACAACAACAUUGUGCACUCGUGCAAGCCCUUUGAGUGCUCCGUGUGCCACAAAAAGUUCAGCGAACGCUUCACACUAAAAGUCCAUUUUCGGAUUCACACUGGUGAACGUCCUCACGUUUGUUUGUAUUGUAAUAAAUCAUUUUCCCAAGCAUGUAAUCUGACGACACACAAAAAACGUUACCAUUUCAAGAAAUUGGCGAAUACCAUCAAAAGCCGACAACAACUCGAUGCAAAAGCUAUCCACAAAUGUCCUCACUGCACAAUCAUGUUCCGCCGAAUAGAGCAUGUCAAGGCGCAUAUUUUGUCGACACACGUGAAUCGGGCAUCUUCGAGCACGAAUGGCGGCGCGAGAAGUCCUUCGACGUCAUCGGGGGUGAGUUCGUCGUCAGAAUCUCAAAGUGUCACAGUAAAACGCGAAUUUGCGCCCGCCGAGGGUCGAAUUUUACUGCAUUGCAAGGAAUGUCGACUUUCUUUUCCGGAUCGCACGGCUUUUGAGAAACAUCGACAAGCGCAUCGUGACAUGGGUGCCGUGAAAAAACCCCAAAAUUCGAUUCUCGUGAGCAACAGUAACGGGCAAAAGGUCAGUUUGAGCGAGCUUGUGUCACAAAUUAAGCAAAAAACGGAAGCGAUGAGCGUGAAACAGGAACCAAAGGAUGUCAUUCAAAAGUUAUCGGGACUCGGUAUGGAAAUUUCACUUCAUCCAUUGAAACGCGAGGCCCCCAAUGAUCUCGGACUAGUCAUCAGCAACGUUCAAAGUGUCAGUCAACAAUUUUUCGACGAACUUGAGACACGAAAACCGAUGAUGCGGAGUCGCCCAGGCCCAAGAUGUAGCAAAAUUGGAGCUUUAUCGACUGUUAAACAAGAAAAAGUGACGCCCACGAGACGUUCGAAUGGCAUGCGAACAAUUUAUAAACCGGAAAUCCCGCAAAUUUCCCCAAAUAUGACGAUGCGAGACCCACUCGAGCUUCCAACGACGCUCCAAACACCCCCAAUGAAACAGCCCGAGGAGAUCAAAACCGAACAGGAAGUCGUGCUGUCGUCAACGCGUCGCUCAAAUCGUUCCUUCGUGUACAAAGAAGCCGAUCAACCGAAACACAUCAGUAUCAUAACCAAAUACAAAAAUGGCAAAACGACAAAACGUCGCAUUUUCCCCUGUGGACAGUGCACGAGCAAAUUCGAGAAUAUCGAAACGCGUAAAAUGCAUUUCAUGGCAGUGCAUAACAGUAACAGCAGCAACAGCAGCGGAGGCGGCGGAAGUACAGCACGAAAAUCAACAGCAUCGCCGGCAAAUAUUUCAAAACCCCCGCCGAUAAUUCCGCAGAUUAUUGCAGCGUAUGAACACGAGUAAUGAACAUCACGUCGUCAAGUUUGCCAUUAAUUGUAAAAAAAAAUUAAAAAAUCAAUAAAAAAUUAUGUUUUAAGGAUUUUAA